AUUUUACUUUUCUUAAAUUAAAUAACACGACCUAAAAAUAGAUUAAAAAAAAUACAUUUCCUUCACUCUUUAAUUCAUUUUUCUUCUAAAAGUUUCCGGCUAAACUCACCAAUUUCCCACCACUGCCGCCGCCUUUUUCCGGACUUGUGUUCGUCGCCCUCUUCUCAGCCUCAACUCAACAACAUCAAGCCCUAAUUCUAUUUGUUCAUCAGAUAUGGCAAUAGCGUUCAUGAGGUCAUUGAAAAGCAUCACGACCUCGAACGAGGUUUUUAAAGUGGUGGGCUGCAGAACAUUUGCUGCCGGAGGUGCUAAAGCUAAGAAAGGGAAAGGUGGUGCUGCUGGAGAUGCCCCCAAAGCCUCAUUGAUAAGCAAAGAAGUGAAAUCCACCACAGUUUAUGGUGCCAAUAUACUAAAAGACGGGCAGGACCCUAAAAUCUUGCCUGAUUCUGAGUAUCCGGAUUGGUUGUGGCACCUGCUCGACAAACGCCCCGCUCUAAGUGAGCUCAGGAGGAAGGACACAGAAAGUCUUCCAUUUGACGAUCUGAAGCGCUUUGUCAAGCUGGAUAACCGAGCCAGAAUUAAGGAGAAUAACAUGUUGAAGGCCAAAAAUUAAGACACUUUGUAUGUGGUCUUGGCAUGGGUUUCUUGACAUGUGGGUGAGUUGAUCAAGUUCUAUUUGCAGGUAGAUUAACAAUAGAAAGUAUGUUAUUGAUGUUUUUUUUUCUAAUAGGAUCAAUAAUGGUUCUUCGUCUACCUCGAGUAUGUUAUUGAUGUUGAGCGAAUAACAGCUCUAGAAAUGGUUGGUAUUGCUCUCAAAUGAUGGUUUGAUUGUUUGUUACCAUGUUUAUGUUUCCUCAAGUUUAUCUGCAAACCGAAUAUUGAACAACUUUUUGUUAUAUCGGUUGGUGGACAUGUCUCCAUAUUUAAGAAUAUUAAUCAGCUUUUCUUAUAAA